UUAAACCUGUAACUGAGGAGCAGAUGAAUUCAUCUUCUCCAAGUGAAGAGAACGAGCUCAACAGAACUGUUAGUUACUUUUUGAGGAAGGUACCAAAAGAAACUUUGACAAAACUCAUAAAGGAUCUCAUUAGUGAAAACAUCUUGAAUCCAUCGGAGAAGGAGGAAAUCUUUCGAAACCACACCAGACUAAACAUGGCCACCUGCUUAGUUGACAUAAUGAAGGACAAAGGAAACUCCAAAGAGCUGAUCCGUUAUAUUCAAACCAAAUAUCCACAACUAUUGUCUGAGGAGCAGUCACCUUCUGACCCAGGUCAAGAGUCUAGUGAGCGUCGCUUCUCUGGAAACACAAACCCCCUCACAGCAGCACCUGCAUCCAGCGAGGAGAAUUUUGUGGAGAAUUGUGUGGACCGCUGCUGUCCAUGCCUUAGAAGUAUUUUGGAUUUAAUUUUCCAAAAGAUUCCCCAACAUGACGAUGACAGGACACAUCAAAAAUCUGAACCUCAGAAAGAAGGAAAAACCAUCGAGGAAAGGCAGGAAUUCAGGAACAAUUAUAACGACAAGCGAUGGCAGAAGGAGCGUCUGGAUGAACUAGACGACAGGGAGCUGAUGCACGUCCAUCACUACCUUCACACUGUAGACGAGGCUGAGGUCGGCUUCAAACCCAUCAAAAACAGCGGGCUGCAGGGUGCAGACAGACUGGACACGGCACAUCUGAUGACUGAAGCAGACAGAACAAACACAAGGGAGGUCACGAAGAAGACCUCCGAGGAGAUUCAGAGCAAUAAAGAGAACGAGCUCAAAAUGAUGCUUCUGGAUUUUAUGAGGAAAGUACCUAAAGAAACCUUGACACAACUCAUAGAGCAUCUCAUGAGUGCAAACAUCUUGAAGUCAUCGGAGAAGGAGCAAAUCCUUCAAAACCACACCAGACUAAACAUGGCCACCUGCUUAGUUGACAUUGUAAUGGAGAAGGAAACCAAUGCCUCCAAGGAGAUGAUUCAUCAUCUUCAAACUAUCGAUCCACAACUGUGGUCUGAACUACAGUCAUCUUCUAUCACAGGACAAGAGUCUGGUGAACAUCUCUUUGAUAAUAAAGCAGCCUUCAAGGACAUGAAGGAAGUCUGGCAGCAAAAAUCUCCUGAAGAUAAUGAUGUUCAAUGGUUGAAGGCCCGUCUGGAAGACCUGGAUAGCAGAGAGUUGAAGUACUUCCAAUGGUACCUUCACACUUUACACGAGUCCGACGUUGACUUCACACCAAUCAAAAAGAGCCGUCUGGAACAUGCAGACAGAUUGGACACAGUAGAUAAGAUGUUUCAGAUGUACACCACAAACACCAAGGAGGUGGCAGAAAAGAUUUUCAAGAAGAUCAUUCCAUAUGAAGGACAUGUGUUUAAAGUUUGGCUUCUGGAUAUUUUGGAAGACCUGGACAAAAAGGAGAUGAAGUUAUUCCAGCAUCACCUUCACAAUGCAGAUGAAUCAAAGGAUGGCUUUGGACCCAUCAAAAGAUCCAAGCUGGAUGGUGCAGACAUACUGGAGACAGUAGAUGUUAUGAUUAAGACGUACCACCCAAACACCAGGGAUGUCACAAAGAAGAUCCUGAAGAAGAUUGAAAAUAAUAAAGACAAAGUGACACUUGAAGAAGAGGAGCAGAUUACUCCAUCAUCUCCAAAUGAAGAGAACAAGCUCAUCUGGAUGCUUAGUUACUUUGUGAGGAAGGUACCUAAAGAAACCUUGACACAACUCAUAGAGCAUCUCAUGAGUGCAAACAUCUUGAAGUCAUCGGAGAAGGAGCAAAUCCUUCAAAACACCAGACUAAACAUGGCCACCUGCUUAGUUGACAUUGUAAUGGAGAAGGAAACCAAUGCCUCCAAGGAGAUGAUUCAUCAUCUUCAAACUAUCGAUCCACAACUGUGGUCUGAACUGCAGUCAUCUUCUAUCACAGGUCAAGAGUCUGGUGAACAUCUCUUUGAUAAUAAAGCGGAUAAGACUGAGAAACCCCAAGUAGAGGAGCAGCUGGAAGGCCAACAGGACUCAGAUAUUGUUGAUCGGCGUCAAAGUGACCUUAAAGAGUCUCUAAAGAAGAUGUUCCUAUAUCUCCGUGAAGACGUUGUUGAAACUCAAAAUCAGACCUUUCAGAAUCAGAUCUCCACAGAGCUGUACAUCACAGAGGAAUUGAUUGGAGAGAUCAAUGAUGAAAAUGGAGUCAGACAGAUUCAAACAUCGUCCAGGAAACAUGGAUCAACAAUCGGACAAGAAGACAUUUUCAAACUCCCUCCUGGAAGAGAGGAACCAAUCAGAAUAGUGAUGACAACGGGUGUGGCUGGAAUUGGGAAGACAAUCUUAACACAGAAGUUUGUUCUGGAUUGGGCUGAAAACAAAACCAACCAGGAUAUCCACUUCGUAUUUCCAUUCAUUUUCAGAGAGCUGAAUGCCUUGAAAGAGAAAACAUUAAGCUUGGUGGAUCUUGUCAAUCUCUUCUUUUCUAAAAACAAAGAAAUGUGCAGCUUUGAACACUUAAAGGUUUUGUUCAUCUUUGAUGGUUUGGAUGAGAAUCGCCUUCCUCUGGACUUUCGGUACACUCAAAUCCUGACUGAUGUUACAGAGUCCACUUCAGUGGAUGUCCUGCUGACAAACCUCAUCAGGGGGAAGCUUCUUCCCUCUGCUCUCAUCUGGAUAACCACGCAACCUGCAGCAGCCAAUCAGAUCCCAGGUGAGUUCAUUGACAUGGUGACAGAGGUCAGAGGGUUCACUGACACACAGAGGGAGCAGUACUUCAGGAAGAGAUUCAAAGAUGUGCAGCUGGCCAGCAGGAUUAUCUCCCACAUGAAGACAUCGAGAAAUCUGAACAGCAUGUGUCACAUCCCAGUGGUCUGCUGGAUCACGGCAGAUGUUCUGGAGAAUGAGCUAAAGGUCAGAGAGGGAGCAGAGCUGCCAAAUACUUUUACUGAGCUGUACAUUAAGUUCCUGGUGAUUCAGAAGAACAUCAAGAAGGAAAAAUAUGGUGGUGGAGCUGAAAAUACGUACAUCAGGCAGAUGGUUGGGUCUCUGGGAAGACUGGCUUUGGAGCAGCUGCUGAAAGAAAAAUUUGUCUUCAAUAAAUCAGACCUCAAAAAAGGUGACAUUGACAUCAAAGACGCCUUGUUGUUCUCAGGCGUGUUCACCGAGAACAUUAAAGAGGAGAAAGGUUUGGGCAAAACUUCAGUCUACUCCUUUGUUCAUCGAAGCAUCCAGGAGUUUCUGGCUGCAGUCUACAUGAUUCACUGUUUUGCCAUUAAGAACACAGAGGUGAUAGAGAGCUUCCUAAGAGAAAACCAUAAUUACUCAUCUUUGGAUGAGUUCCUGAAGAAAGUCAUGGAGAAAUCCCUCAGGAAUAAAAAUGGCCAACUAGACCAGUUUGUUCGCUUCCUUCAUGGCCUCUCUGUGGAAUCAAACCAGAACCUCUUAGGAGACCUGCUGAGGAAGACAGAGAUCAACCCUGACAUCAUUCAGAGAAUCAUCAAAAAUCUGAAGGAGAUGAACACUGAUGAUAUCUCUCCAGAGAGAAGCAUCAACAUCUUCCAGUGUCUGACAGAGAUAAAUGACGAGUCAUUUUUUCAGGAGAUCCAACAGCUCUUGGAAUCAGGGAAGAAGCUCACAGAGAGCCAGUGCUCAGCUCUGGCGUACAUGAUGCAGAUGUCAGCGGAGGUUGUUGAUGAGUUGGACCUGGAGAAGUACAACACAUCAGAGGGGGGGAAACUGAGACUGGUUCCAGCUGUGAAGAACUGCAAAAAGGCUCGACUCAGUGGCUCUGAUCUCUCAGAGACUGAAUGUAAAGCUGUGGCCUCAGCUCUGAAGUCCACCCCCUGCCAUCUGACCGAUCUGGAAAUAAGUAGGAUCAUUGAACUGAAAGACUCUGGAAUGAAGCAUCUGUGUGAAAUCCUGGAGAGUUCAAUCACUAAAGUGACGAUUCUGAGAUUGAAGUGGUGCCAGUUGUCACAGAUCAGCUGUGCUUCUCUGGCCUCAGCGCUGAAGUCCAACCCCUCCGAUCUGACAGAGCUGGAGCUGAGCAAGAACUACGACCUAAAAGAUGCUGGAGUGAAGGAGCUGUGUGGUUAUCUACAGACUCCUCUCUGCAAAAUACAAAAACUGACAUUUAAGGAGUGCAGGUUGUCAGAGAUCAGCUGUGCUUCUCUGGUCUCAGCUCUGAAGUCCAACCCCUCCCACCUCACAGAACUGGACCUGAGUGAGAACAAAGACCUGAAAGAUGCUGGAGUGAAGGAGCUCAGUGGUUUCCUACAGAGUCCUCUCUGCAAAAUACAGAUAUUGAGACUGAACGGCUGCAGUUUGUCAGAGGUCAGCUGUGCUUCUCUGGCCUCUGCUCUGAAGUCCAACCCCUCCCACCUGACAGAAAUGGACCUGAGCUACAACAACCUGAAGGGGUCAGAUGUUCAGCAGCUGAAGGCUCUUGUAAAGGCUCUAAGGUGGGAACCAUCUUUGUUAAGGGAGAGAAGCUGAACUGUUUCCUGAUGAUGAAGUUGCAGCAGAGUGAGAUGCUACCCCAGAUCGGGGACAAGUGUGACGAAUAAGGCCAGAUUUGACAAUAAGAUGCCUUUACUAUGACUCUGGGGUCUUCUAAUUUCUAUUAGUAUGAAGUAAAUAAUCUAGAAGCUUCUGAUUUAUUCUAGAUUCUAUUUUUCCUAGAUUCAAGCUUAACAAGGGAGGGGUGAAGUUGAAAGAAGUAAAACCCAGCAUAUUUUUAGUUGUUCCAAUUUAUUUGCAGUGAUGAAACAGGACUCUUGUUAAAUUGAAAAGAAACAGUUGUCUUGUCUCCAUGCCCUUUCAGAAAACGGCUAGUUUUCAGAAGCAGUCCUUGACAAGGUUUUAGAAGUCAAACUCUAAAAUUGACAAUGCAAAAAAAAAGACAUUUAAAACUAAAGGGAGAUGGCUUCAGUUCAAGCAAUGACGUUAUGCUUUGCUUUUUUUGUCCUAUAGACCUUGAUUGAAUUUUUUUAUUUCUGUGUCUAAUCAUGUAAUUAUGAAAAACUUGUAAUUUUGGUAAGUUGAUCUAAGCUGCAUAGGCUGUAGGGGAGACUGUGGUGAGAUGAGUCAUUUUUAGUUUUUAGAAUCGCUACAAGGCAAUCUUAGUUUAAUGUCUGCAUGUAUCUGCAUGUAUUUUGGGAUGUUGAGCUUCUCUUUAAGCACUCAGAAUGAAUAUAAACAUAGCUUUUUUCAUAAAAUAACAUUUUUAAUAACAUGUAUCUCUUGGCUCAGCAUACCCUGUGUAGGACAGGGAUAAUGUUGAUACCCCUAGCCCUUCCACCCCCAACAUAAUGUUUUAGUGGCUUUGGGAAGUGAACAUUGUUUCAUAAUUACAAUUAGAGUUCCUUUUUUAAUCGGUUUGCAAAGUUGAGACUC